GGGCGCGGGGCCGCGGGGGCCGCGCGACUCGGGCCAAGUGCGGGGCGGCGGGCGAGGGCGCGCGGCGCUGAGCGCGGCCCGGGCGGGGGAGCGCGCGGAGGCCGCCGAGGAAGCGCCGCGUCUCCGGAGCCGCGACAUGCCGGGCGCUCGCGCCUAGCGCCGGGCCCGCCGGCGACCGAGCCCCCCGCGCCCCCCGCGCCCAGGACCAUGCGGGCCCCGCGCCGGGCGCCGCCGCCGCUCGGGCUCCUGCUGGCGCUCACGGCGCUCCCGUGCCCAGCGGCCGAGGAGAGCCCCCCGCGCCCCCCCCUGCCCGCCUUCCUGCCCAGCAGCCUGCGCGUGCUGGACGCCGAGGAGGCCUUCUUCCUGCGAGAGCCCCCGCAGGGCCCGACGCGCAACGCCAGCCUGCAGGCCCGCGCCCAGCCCUUCUUCGUGCACCGCGCCCGCGUCCCGCCCACGGUCAACGCCAGCUACGGCCCCUUCUCGGCCGAGGCGCCGGUGCCGCCCGAGUUCCUGGUGCCGUCCACGCCCUUCGGGGCGGCGCGGAAGCUGCCCUUCAACUGGCAGCUGAAGGCCCACAUCCUGGACAGCGCCAUCUACUCCAACCGGCCCAAGGUGCAGACGCUGUUCUACGUGGCCGGCAUGGACUGGGCGGACGCCGCGCCCGAGCAGGACCUGCCCUGCGUGCGCAUGUCGGCCUUCCCCGAGGCGCGGGAGGUGGCGGCCAGCUGCCGGCUGCAGGGCACGCCCGGGCUGUGCGUGGCCGAGCUGGAGCUGCUGCCCGAGUGGUUCAGCUCGGGGCUGGACCUGGAGCCGGCCGAGGAGAUCCCCCCCGUGCUGGGCGGCUCGGCCAUGGAGCUGUUCUUUGCCAUCCACCCCGCGGGCCCGGCUGGCGAGUGCCCGCUGCAGGAGGGCGCCCGGUGGGAGAACAACAUCCACGCCGACCCCGAGGCGCCCCCGCCCGCCGCGCCCGCCCGCCAGCGCAUCGGCAGCGUGGUGGUCUACCCCACCCAGGACGACCUGCGCUGGUCGCUGCUGCACCUGGACCGCAACCUGGCCCUCUCUGUGCCGCUCAACCUGGUCCGGGAGGGGGACACGGCCACCUUCCUGGUGUCGCUAACUGGCAGCUCCAGGGCCGACCACUUCACGCUUAGAAUCAAGGCGGUGGCCGGCGUGAGGCUCACGGCCGUGAGAGUGAGCGGCAGCGCCCAGUGGGCCGUGCAGGAGGAGAUCGAGCGCGACGGGGAGCAGACGACGGCCACGCUCACCUGCGUCGGCCGCCUCCCGGACCCCCAGAGCAGGGUGAACGGCUCCCUGUACGAGUUCCUGCAGGUGGACUUCGGGGUGGACAACAGCAGCGAGGUGGCGGGCGCCCAGCAGAUCACCUGGCAGGUGCAGUACCCGGCGGAGGACGCGGCCAGCGACCUGGUGGUCUCCGAGAUCUUCGUCAGCCAGUCGUCCUUCGUGGGCAUCGUGCCCCUGGCCAUGGACACGGAGCUGCUGAACACGGCCGUGCUGACCGGCAGGCCCGUGGCCAUGCCCGUGCAGGUGGUGGCCGUGGAGGAGGACGGGGCCGUGGUCCGCGUGGUGGAGGACGUGGAGUGCAGGUCGGCCGAUGAGGACAUCAUCAAGGUCUCCAACACCUGCGACUCCGUCUUCGUGAACGGGAAGGAGAUGAAGAGCAGGGUGGGCGUCACCGUCACCUUCACGCACCAGCACUUCUCCUCCCAGCUGGAGGUCACCGUGUGGGCCCCCCGCCUGCCCCUGCAGCUGGACGUCUCCGACACGGAGCUGAGCCAGAUCAAGGGCUGGCGGGUCCCCGUGGGUGCCAACAGGAGGCCCACCCGGGAGAGUGAGGACGAGGAGGACGAGGAGAGGAAGGGCCGGGGGUGCUCGCUGCAGUACCAGCACGCCACCGUGCGAGUCCUCACCCAGUUCGUGGCCGAGUCGCCGGACCUCGGGCAGCUGAGCUACCUGCUGGGCCCGGACUGGCAGCUGGACGUCACCGACCUGGUGACCGAGUCCAUGAAGGUGGAGGAGCCAAAGGUCGCUCAGUUCCAGGACGGCCGGACGCUGGUGGGGCGGGAGCCGGGCAUCACAACGGUGCAGGUCCUCUCCCCGCUCUCCGACUCCAUCCUGGCCGAGAAGACGGUCAUCGUGCUGGACGACCGCGUGACCAUCGCGGAGCUGGGCGUGCAGCUGGUGGCCGGCCUGUCGCUGUCCCUGGAGCCUCACCGGGCCGAGCGGCGGGCGCUGGUGGCCACGGUGGCCGCGCAGGACGUGCUGCAGGCGCCCCGGCAGGAGGCCCUCGUCAGCUCCUGGGUCUUCUUCAGCGACGGCUCGGCGACGCCCCUCGACAUCUACGACCCCAAGGACUUCUCGGUGACGGUCACCUCGCUGGACGAGAUGGUGGUGUCCGUCCCAGUGGACCCGCAGCCCCGGUGGCCGGUGGUGGCGGCGGAGGGGGAGGGGCAGGGGCCGCUGGUCAAGCUGGAGAUGACCAUCAGCGAGGCCUGCCAGAAGACCAAGCGGAAGAGCGUCCUGGCCGUGGGCCGAGGGCACGUCCGGGUCAAGUUCGAGCCCGACUCGCGGGACACCAACGCCAUCGAGGGCGUGGGCCGGGAGUACCAGGACCACCUCAGCAACUCCAUCGAGCGCCAGGGCGGCCCCGAGAGGGCGGUGCAGGAGCGGGCCCCGCACGGCGCCCCCGCCGGCCCAGAGGGCCGCGCCAACGGGAGCGCCCCGGCCUGGGUGCCCGGGGAUGGGCCGAGGAAGAAGGGCCAGGGCGGGGGCCCCGACGCCGUGACCGGCCUCCCCGGGCAGGCGCGGUCCCCCGGCCCCGACAGCCCCGGCGACCUGACGGUGAGCGCGCGGGGGCUGACGGACCUGGAGAUCGGCAUGUACGCGCUGCUGUGCGUCUUCUGCCUGGCCAUCCUGGUCUUCCUGGCCAACUGCGUGGCCUUCGCCUGGCGCUACCGGCACAAGCGGCUGGCCGUGAGCGAGCAGGGCGGCCACCCGCACUCCCACGACUGGGUGUGGCUGGGCAACGAGGUGGAGCUGCUGGAGAACCCGGUGGACGUCACGCUGCCCUCGGACGAGGCGCUGGCGCUGGGCGAGCGGGCGCUGCAGUACGAGGAGCGCGACUUCCUGCUGGACGGCCCCCAGAAGGCCUUCCCCGGGCCGCUGCUGGGCCCCGCCGACUACGCCUACGACAAGGACGCGGCGCUCGAGCCCCUGCACCCGCCCGGCCCCAAGCGGAAGCGGGUCAAGUUCACGUCCUACACCACCAUCCUGCCCGAGGACGGCGGCCCCUACACCAACUCCAUCCUGUUCGACGGCGACGACGGCAUCAAGUGGGUGUGCCCGGACGUGGGGCUGGCCGACCCCCAGGGCCUGCGGGACUACAUGGGCCUGCAGGAGCGGCUCUGACCGUGCCUCGUGUGUCUUCACCUUGAUGCCUUCUGGGGGGCCCGCGGGAGCGUCUCGGGGGCCGCCCGGCUCCCGCCCCGCAGGCCCGAGCGAGUCGCCCACGGACCAGCGGCCACUGGCCCCGGAGCGGCCUCUGACGCUGUUUUCUACUCACGACCCUGUAAAGCACAGCGGGCGUGUCCGGGCGCGGCUGAGCGCAGAUGCCUGGGGAGGGGGCCGGGGCGGCCCGCUAUUUUUUUUUUUAUAUGAUUUUGAACCCCUCCCUGGCUCCUUUGACCCUGGAGUUGUUUCUGACACUCGAGGGGAGACGGCCCCGUUAUCAUCUGGGCCAUGUACGGACGCGGCCGGCGGGACCCGCCGUUCUCUCCCGCCUCCGGGCGUCGCUCCUCCGUCCUCCAUUUGUUGCUGGACGUCGUGUCCGAGGGACGGGCCUUCCCUCCCCCUUCUCGCUUCCCACGCCAAGCCCCCGAGGCGGACAGAGGUUGUGAGCCACAGACGUUUUCUUUUCUGUUCCUGCUUGUUGGAGACUCGCGGGGGGUGGGGGGCGUUCCCGAGGCAGAGACCUUGACAUAUCUGUAUUUAUGCUCCGUGGCCCCACGGCCCAUUACCCGAACUGAAAUCUAAACGUAGAAUCAAUACCCCGGAUAACGCUAGGGAAACCGCAGAGAAAACCGUCCAGUUCCCAGACCAGCCCCCCCCCCACCCCGUACACAGAAUAAUGUUCCUGCGUCUCCGCAGAAACGUCGUCACUCAUCUCCAGCAGGACCUGGACAAGGUAGGGGGAGCGGACAAGGUAGGGGGAGCUCGGGUGAACAGUCACGGUCCCCCGGCCCCAGCUGCGUGCAGUCGACCUCCCCGGAUCCCGAGCGGCCGUAGAGGAAAGCCCGAGCGCCCACGUGUCCACAGGCGAGGGAAGAGAAGUCAAAGCGUUUCGAGGAUGCCCGAAGGUUCUCCGGAGGAGCAUGGCCCGACGGGGCCCGGCCUGGGUUUACUAGUGGGAGACGGGCGGGCUGGGGGGCGGGCUCGUCAUGACUGUUCCCCCAACACUGGCCUCUUUCCGAAACCGCCCCGAAGGGCAAGGGGUUGCCAGGACCCCGAGGGCAGCCAGGGGCGGUCAGCCUGUCUGUCCCCUCAGCAGGCUCCCGCCCCCCGUUCCGCCGGGGUCCCUCCCUUGCAGGGGUGCAGCCCCGAGACUGGUGUGGGGAUUGGGCCCGCAGCUGAGGGGGCGUCCCGAGCCUUUGGUCCGUCUGCAGCAGGAAUCCCGAGACCCUGCUUCACCCUUGGCGGCUGCCCAGGGGAGGCGGCGCCUCGGAAUUGGGGUCCCAGGAGCCAGGGGUAGGGGGUCCUCAGUGGCUUCGGCUGCUCCUGCACGGACCAAAGAGUGAGGAGGCCACGGCCAGUCUUGCCACGGAGCCUCAGCCGCAUCUCCUGGCUGUCAGCCACGGCCCCCUGGAGCAGCCCAGGCUGCGGUGCCGGCAAGAGGGACAAAGAUGGCUCCUGUCCCCAGUGCUCGGCCACGGGGAGCGAUGGGUGAGGCUGGAGGCCCGGACCAGCCCGGACACGGCUGCUGGGCGCUGAGAGAGCCGUCAGCCCCACCCCUGAGUCGAACAGAGGGUCAGGACUGAGGGGUCUCUCCUUCCAGCACAUGUUCAUGUGCACACACACACACAUGCACACACAUAUACAUGCACACAUUCUCAUGCACACACAUAUACAAAUGUACACACACAUGCACACCAUACAUACAUACAUGCACACAUACAGACAUGCACACACUCAUGUACACACUCAUACACAUGCACACACAGUCCUGCCUGCACACACGUGCACACACGUGCACUCCUGCAUAUGCACACACAUGCACUCUUGCACAGACAGGCGUGAGCCGGGGAGCAGCUUUUAGUGGGACCCCCGCAGCUGCCCACAGGCGGGCACGGGCUCUGCCAGGCUCCACCAGCCACUGAGGUUUCUGCCCCGUUUCCGCUGAGUGGGAGCGUGAAUGGUAUCAUCUGCGUGUUCCCUGUCGGUGAGCAGAGGGACACACGCCCGGCGUCGGGCUGAGACGGGCGGCUCUGUCGCCCCUGAGACCGGGGCAGCCUGUGGGGGCGGACUCCGGGGCCCCUGCUGCGGUGUGGCGAGGGGCCUGUGGGCACGGGAAGGGCUGAGUUGGGGCACCUGCUGUGGUGUUGGACUUGGGGGAGGCGGGAGGAGAAGGUUCCGGAAGCUCGUACCCACCCUGCCCUGCGCCCCGGGGGGAGGCUCUGGAAGCUGGGAGCUUUUCUCCAGGAAGCCGGGCCGGCGGGCGCAGCCGGGGCACCCGGGAAAGGCGGCCUCCUGGGGCAGCGAGGCCGGGUCUGUGGGACUGGACGCUCGGCCGACCCGGCCACCACAGAGAGGGGCCCGCUGGGGCCGCUCGGCCACGGGGCGUCCACGCACUGUCUGAAUUGUCCCGGCUCCCCGUCCCCGCGCCACACGGGCCCCGCCUGCUGCAGCCAGGCCUGGCCCCACGGGAGGGGCGGCCCUGCGUCAGCCCCAGAGGCCGUGUGGUGUGGCGCCCAGCUGCCCGCUGGGUCUGCGGACGACCCCGGCCUCCCUACCCCUGCGCCCCAUGCCUCCCCUUUUCCCUUGUUUUUAUUUUUUUUGGUCUGGAAAUAUUUCUGAAAUAAAGUGACUUCAUUUUCCAGUAUAAAGGUAUAUUCUAACCACAGGGUAACUCGUCAUUUUUAACAUGGAAAUAAACCUUGAACCUCACUCCCGGCUGCUUCGUUCUUACCUCGACAGCCCCUUCUAAUUUCCGCAUCUGUAAGAUCCUUACGCAUUUUUACCUUUUCUUAGCCAGAGAUGGAAAUAAUUUUGGUGCAGCAAUAAAUGGAAACAAACAAGUUUCUCAAAGAGUUGCAUGUA